AUGCCCAAGCAAUUUCUCUCCCCAAUCUUCGGCUCGUCUUUGUGGUUGGCAUUGAUGGUGCAGUCUCUUAUCUCGUCCACUGCUACCUACAAGAGACCUGUUUCGGGAGGGAAGAGACAGAGCUUUUUAGAGAGAACACUUAUCCUACUUGACGUAAACACACGGAGCCCGGUGAAAGUUCUGAAUGACAACUUCCUUUCGUUACAACUGGAUCCGUCUAUCAUUAAAGACGGCUGGCUUGACUUCUUAAGCUCCAGACGUUUAGUUACUCUGGCUCGAGGGCUCUCUCCGGCCUAUCUGAGGUUUGGGGGCAAGCGUACAGACUUCCUCCAGUUUCACAACCUAAAGAAUCUGGCCAAGUUCAGAGGACCCGGACCGGACUACUAUUUGAAGAAUUAUGAGGAUGACAUCGUACGCAGUGACAUUGCUUUGGACAAGCAGAAAGGCUGCAAGCUGGCCAGCCACCCAGACAUGAUGCUGGAGCUUCAGAGAGAGAAGGCGGCUCAAAUGCAGCAGGUUCUGCUGAAGGAGCAGCUCUCCAAUCUCUACAGCGACGUAACGAUAACAGCCAGGUCUUUAGACAAACUGUACAAUUUUGCCGAUUGUGCCGGUCUGCAUCUGAUCUUUGGGCUCAACGCCUUGCACCGAAACCCAGACAACUCAUGGAAUGCAUCCAGUGCCCUCAGUCUCCUGAAGUACAGUGCCGGCAAAAAGUAUAACAUGUCCUGGGAACUUGGAAAUGAGCCCAACAGUUAUCGCACCAUGGUGGAUCGUUCGAUAAAUAGCACACGACUGGCACAGGACUACAUCCUUCUGAGGACAUUACUUCAGUCAGUUCGCUACUACAACAAAGCCAACCUCUACGGCCCCAACAUUGGCCGUCCCCGAAAAAAUGCAAUCCUUCUGCUGGAGGGGUUUAUGAAGAACGGUGGCUCUGUUGUUGAUGCGGUUACGUGGCAACAUUACUACAUCGAUAGGCGAGUGGCCAAAGUGGAGGACUUCAUGAAGACUCGGCUUCUGGAUACACUCACUGAGCAGAUCACUAAGGUGCUGAAGAUUGUGAAGACUCAUGCUCCAGAGAAGAGGGUGUGGUUGGGUGGAGUCGGCCCCGCCUGGUCAGGAGGCACCAACAAUUUGUCUGACACAUUUGCAGCUGGCUUCUUGUGGCUCAACACUCUGGGGAUCUCGGCAGUGCAGGGGAUUGAUGUAGUGCUGAGACAUUCCUUCUUCGACUACGGUUACAACCAUUUGGUGGAUCAGCACUUCAAUCCCUUACCUGAUUACUGGCUGUCCCUGCUCUUUAAGCGUCUGGUGGGCCCCCGGGUGUUGGCGGUGCACGUUGCAGGUCUCCAGAGGAAACCACGCCCAGGGAGGGUGAUUCGAGACAAGCUGCGCAUAUACGCACACUGCACCAGCUUCCACAAUCACAAUUACGUCAGAGGAUCCAUAACCAUCUACAUUAUUAACCUGCAUCGGUCUCGGAAAAAAAUCAAGCUGGCUGGAACAUUACGAAACAAAACCGUUCACCAAUACCUGUUACAACCCUUGGGCGCAGAUGGUCUGCACUCCAAGACUGUUCAGCUGAAUGGAGAGCCCCUAAAAAUGGUAGACAAUGAAACGCUUCCCGAAUUAAAGCCACGAACGCUCAGGGCAGGGCGGACGAUAGCCUUGCCCCCAGUUUCCAUCGGCUUCUACGUCAUCAAAAACAUCAACGCUUACGCCUGCCGCAGAUAA